UUGCUAUCACUAUGAAAGUCAGGGCAAAGCUCAGAGCCACUGAGAGAUGGUGAGAGGAUAGCAUUGGGGAAUAUCUGCCCAGGGAAUACGAUUGGUUUUCAGUCCAUUAAGUUGAAUAAACAAAUGGGUUUCUGUGAAGAGUCAUGGACAUCGCAGAAAAACACUGCAAAAUCAAUAACUUGAGAGCGGUGGUGGAGGAGCAUUAAUGGGAUGCCAUUAAAUCUGCCUGAAGAUGCAAACAGCUUGGGUGAGUGCAACCCUUGGAUGGCAUUAUACUGAUGUGAAGGACCAAAAGUGAGUGAGACACAGUUAAGAAGAUGGGGAAUGCCAUGCGAGGUGUCAUUGCAUUUAUACCCUCCGAGCGUUGUCAGCGCUUCUUAGUGGGGGACCUUAAGGAAAUGCCUCUUGAUCGGACCCUGGACCUGAGCAGCCGUCAGUUGCGUCGGCUGCCUGUUGCUGCCUGUGUCUUUGAUGAACUGGUGAAGCUUUAUCUGAGUGAUAACAACCUCAGCACCUUACCUGCUGAGCUCCAGGGGUUAAGGAAGUUGCAGCUGCUGGCCCUUGACUUUAACUGCUUCGAGGAGCUCCCUGCAGCUGUCUGCAGAUUGCCACAGCUCAACAUCCUUUACCUAGGCAACAACAAGCUUUACCAACUCCCCAAUGAACUGAGUGAGCUCAAGGAACUUAAUACUCUCUGGCUAGAGACUAAUUGCUUCACUGCUUUUCCCGAAGUGGUGUGCGAGCUCUCUAAUCUCAAGACACUGCACCUUGGAUAUAACCAGAUACGGAGUUUACCAAAUGAACUAGGACAACUGGAAGAGCUCAGAAGCAUCUGGCUUGCUGGGAACCAGCUGGCAGAAUUCCCACCAGUGUUGCUGGAAAUGCAUUUUCUCGCCGUUAUUGAUGUGGAUCGUAACAAAAUACGUUACUUCCCAGGUCUGUCUCACUUGCAAGGCUUGAAACUUGUCAUAUAUGACCACAACCCCUGCAUUAACGCCCCUGUUGUAGGGGAGGGAGUAAGAAGAGUGGGACGCUGGGCAGAUUGUGCCAAUGACGAGCCGGAAGAGGACGGGUCAAAAGCCGUCAGUGAGACUACGGCCGAGGGCAUGGAGGUACAGCCCGAGGAGAAGAACGACAUUCAGGGUCAAGAAGCAUGACCUUCAGCUGUGGUGGCCAGCAAAGGAUGGCAUUCAAGUGGAGCACUUAAAGGCGAUGAGUGUGUUGUACAUCAAGCUGAUGGUUUUAGUUCCAUAUUUGGUAAAACCAGUCACAUGAGCUUUGAUAAGAGAUGUUAAGUAAUAAACAGUCCUGUGUGUUGCCUGUGUGAAAGGAUAUUUGAUUCUUGAAAUUAAAAUAUGUUAAAUAUGUGCGGUUACAUUGCUCUCAAUCUUCACAAAAAAAACACAUCAGUUUCUUAUUUUGCUAUUUUAUCUAACUGUGCAAGACAAUCAUAUGUACGUGUAGUAAGGGAGUAGUGAACCACAUAUCCAUGUACUGGUGUGUUUGCAGAGUAUUACAGAACAGCAUCCAUAGUGAAUGCUGCAGGGAGUUGUUGGGUGGGUCAUUAAUGGAUUUGCUCAGUUCCAGAAAAACCUGAUUCAGAAGCACAAUUUAAUCAUUUAAAUCAACAGAAAAGGAGCAUUUCUUUGUUCAAGCAGAGUGUAAGAUAAUAUCUGUACCUGCUCAGGCUAAAUGUGUGCUUUUUAAUACAAGUGAUGGAUGGUUUAAGUCAAUUAGUGCACUCCUUAUCCAGACCAAUGCAUAAUUCAUCUGACAGAUUGGGGCCAUGGCUUUGAAUUAAGGCUGGUAUUGGGUCUUAAUAUCAUUGCCAUACAAUUCUGGUUUGAAACAGAAAAUAAAUGUUGCUUUCAAAUA